GAAAUGAAACAUCUAAAACUGCAGAAACCGGCGACAAUAACACUAAGAACAAAUGGGUAAACAAUUUAACAGCUGUACUCUAAAUAAAGAUUUAGUGAGCUUCAACGUUUCCAGUUUGUGUUGACAUAAACAGGGUCACGAACAGCUGGUCAAAAAAGUAUAUAUUUAAUGCGAUAUUUUUUAGAUAUUCGAUGUUUUCUGUAUACGCAACUUCAGUAGUUGUCGUCUUCAUGUCGUCCCCUUCAUGUGCUUUGAAAUGUAGUUUACUCAAUAAAACAAGUGGAUUUAUGUUAAAGAUUAGAGUCUUUAAAGGUUUUUUUAACUGCUUUGUUUGAAUUCUAUAAAAGUGGGUCGCGACUUCAGGAUCGCGGCGGUAACGACCAACUCUCGAAGAUCGUCUAUGAAGAAGCGCGUCACUCAGGAGUGAAAUCAAGAAACAUCUAAAUCUGCAGCAACCGGCGACAAUAACAUGAAGGACAAAUGGAUAAACAAUACAACAAUUAUACUUUAAAUACAGAUUUAGGGGGCUUCUAAGUUUCCAGUUUGUGUUGACAUGAUCAGACAGGAUUUUUGUACUUUAUAAUUGAAGACUUGUGGUGGUGAGGUUGUACUGGAGUGUGUUUUAUUGAAAACUCUUCUUCAGUGAUAUAAUCCUAAACAUGACCUCCAACUCUAUGUGCGUAAUGGGCGUUACUAUAGUGACCCAUCUGCUGGCGCUUUAAUUGUUCCACUCAGGUUACCGAGCAAAGCACGGUAUACGUGCGUAGGAUAUGGUGCGUUCAGGCUGCGCGAGAUUUGGACCCGCGCAGCAAAGGUGUGAGUGCAGGAGACGGGCGCAGGGGACGGGUGCAGUCGCGGAGCAUUUGUCAGCAUCAGCACCCUUAGGAUGCAGAUAAAGCCACCGGAAGGAUGCUGUGACAGGGAGGAAGCUUGAGGAUUGCACAGAGCUGAAACCAGAGCUGUUUCUGAGCGAGACCGGUCCAUCAUUUUGGAUAUUUCCUUUAUUAUUUAUUGAUUUAUUAUUAUUUUGAUUCCAAAGAUAUUCGCCAUGUUCCCGUCGUGUUGUUCUAAACCCGCGGACAGCGGCGCUAAAAGGAGCUCUAUCACCAAACUGCUGCUCGGGGUCUUUGUGGUUUAUAUGCUCCACACGGUGUGGCUGCUUUACGGCUUCCUCAACACGAAACCGUGCGAUAGAAGCAGAGGAGAGCACUGCAUCGCCUCUUACCUGGUUUCAAGGCCAAGACUACAGGUAAGCCUAUUCACAGGCCUUAGUUUAUUAUAUAACUAAUAAACUAUCAUUAUGGCUAAACUGGAGUCAAAUCAUCCAGUCUAUGCAACUCAGGCACUUCUUGGCCUGGUGGAGUAGUUGAGAGCAAAACAUAGUGUAGCGUGGGAAUAUCAAAUAGGGGCGACCGGGGCUUGUUACACUUUUUACACUCUUGUAUAUUUCUUGCAAUCAACACAUCAUAUAUAAGCAAAAUGUGAACCAGAUAAAAGACCAAAGUCUCUAAGUAUAUAUUUUGUAUUCAUGUCAUUUUCAUAUCUUGUGUCAGUGCAGAGUUAUAAGCAAUCGAAUAGAGAGUGUGAACAUGUGACAUGUUGCCCCACCAUCGGGUAAGAUGUCACAGUGGAUUUUGCAGUUAAUGAAACAAGGACAAAAUUAUUGUUGUUCUCAUUUUCUUUACAUGAAAGUAAAAAUUAAAGUCAGGCUCAGAGAAUGUUUAUCAUUGAGCUUGAAAAAGUCGCCGAACAUGGCCGUUAAACAAAAGUUAAUAUAAAAUAUUACGCAACAUGCUCUAGAGUUUGGAGAGCUGUCUGACUCUGUAUUUCAGCUGGGGUGAAUGUUUUGCAGUACUGAGCCAAGGUAUGGUAGUUGACAAUAAAGUCCUUUAUUGUACUCCAGAUUGAUUUAUUAGCUCAGGUCACCUUCCUGACUCCCCUCAGCAUCAUGUCUUUGUAAAAAUAAAGUCAAAAUUUCUGUAUGACAGCUGCUGAUAAACAGAUUCUCUACGUUAAUUUUAAUCCCUUCUAAAAAUGUGACAACUAACCCUAAAAUGACUGAGACAUGUUGCCCCUAACUACCAUGUCUGCUAAUUCUAGCUCUAGCUUAAAGUUAGUUUAAAACAGAACAAUGACUGAGGUAUGACAGGAUGCCUUAAUCUCUCCUCUAACAAGUCCACACGUACUAGGAUUUUUAUCUGGAAGAAGCCUAUUUUGAAAUGUAUAAGGUUAAUUUUUUUACUUUGGGUUGUGAAAAAUGGUUAAAUGGCGCUCAUCUCAGCUCACAGUGUGCUCUUCUCUUCUCAAACAGGACACGACCCCUGACCAUGUAAAGGAAUAAAACUGGUAUUCCACUUUUUAGUUGCGCCCUCUGGUGGCAAAGAUAAUCGCAAUGUGACAAUUCACCCGUGUGACAACAAGCCUCGGUCUCCCCUACUGCCAAAAAGAGUUGAAUGUGUUCAUCUUUUUUGCAUGAUAAAGCUAGUGAAUUAGGCUAUAUUAUGUUAUACUCAUGUGUCAUUUAGUUCUUUAUCUGCAGUAGCAUGGUAUCUCAUUUGGUACCAGAUAAUGAAAUUGGAAAAAACAGUUUCCAUAUCCUCUUCUCCUGUUUUUUUUCCUUUUUUUAAUGCUAGAUGAGUGUCUUCACCUGCCUGGAGCCAGACAACAGCCAACUCACUCUUGCAGUAAAAAUAGAUCCUUUCAACCCGUAUGCUGCUUUUGAAAGGUGGGUUUUGCCAAACAUGAAAAAAAUGAAAUUUAAGAGCCUUUUUUUAGACAAGCCAUCUUGUUCAUCAGUAUCACGAGACCCAGUUCAAUUGUAGUAGCAACACACAAUACAAAACAACAAUCUUAAUCUCAGCGGUGCAUGAGUUUGAAAACACCAAAAUGUUUUUUGAAUUUUUAUUUGUAGGCAUGUGUAAAUAUCAGCAUUAAUUCAAAGACUCAAAUAUGUUUACAUUGUGUUGAGGGAAUAAAUUGAAGCUGACUAUCUGACUUUAUCUUUUCUAACCCUUCAGACAGAUAAAUGUCUCUCUGCCAGAGGAGACUUGUGCUAAUGGCACAUUGUAUGCAGUCGUCUAUGUUCACAAAGCUGGUGUUUCACCUCUGGAGGACAGCAGAGAAGUUCAUUAUGCUGCUCUGCUUACCACCUACAUCACUCCAACACAUACAGAAGGACAGAGAGACACAGAGAAGGUAAGAUGUGAUUUGGUGCCUUCACGAUCACAGUGUGUGUUACGGAAAAUUUAAAGAUGAAAUGAGCAUCAAGUAAGCCCUUCCUGCAUCUCUGUUAGAGACCAAGUCACAGAUCAGAGAAUCCUGUGUCCCACUGGAGGCCUCACCUGUCAAUCACGAUUAUGUCAGAGGACUUCACCUUCAGCAAGGCGGGGCUUCCUAGUGAUGUACGGCGCUACAUGAGAGUGUAAGUCACGGGGAGCUUUGGAGGUCAGAGUCAGAGAGCUGCUGACUCACUGAUUUUCAUCUGGAUGCUCUGAUGUUCAGAGUCUGUAUGAGAGAAAACUCAACAUGCUGUAUUCUCAUAAUUGUAAUUUUUGCCAUUUUAAAUACAAAAUCUGGGGAAAAGAUCAUGAUGGAAAAAAAGUAGUUUAAUACAACUUGUAGAAUUAUACAAAUAUCCACUGUAAGCAACUUGUCAUAGGUCAGGGGGCUAAAAUUAGCAGGCAUUUUUGUUUUUCAUUCAUUGAUCAGGCAAAUACACAAGGGUAAAAUUGCAUUAAUCUGUAUUGCUAAUCUCUGUACCUGUCUCUCCCUGUAGCUCUCAGGAUGGUCGACAAAUGAUCUACCUUCCUCUGCUGCUCAUAAAUGAGCUCAGCUUCAGGGUCAGAGACCUCAAGGUAAAAACACGUUACAUACAGAAUCCUCAUCUUAAGUGGUUUCUGAUAGUUUUUGGGUUAUCAAUGAGAAAACGUCUCUUUUGUCUCCUGUCAACUUAUAUGUUUAAAGGUGAUCAGCAGGGACACUGUUCAGCUCCCUUUGACUGUUUCCUAUGAGGGAAUCUCUUUGAGGGGCUUCAGGUUCUGGGUACAUUUACAAGAUGUGGUUUAUGCCCUGAGACAGUUCGGUAAGUGAGAAAACGGAUGUGCCUAAAGAUUUGAAAAAGUCGUUGCAGAGGACAGCUCUGGACAUAUGAUCACUAAGUUGAUAAGGUAUUCAUUUAUGAUAGAUAGAAGUGGACAUAAAUGACAGACAUUUCAGGCUGUAAGUUUUCAUACAACACGAACUGCAAUAAAACCCUUAAAUGCUGCAUCUUUGUGCAUCUCUAGGCUUCACAGAGGAGAAUAUAGAUGAAAUUAAAGAAACUCUGGCAGGUUCCAACCUUUACCUGUUAGUGUUGACAGCACUCAUCACAGCCCUACAAGUAAGAUUAUACAACUGAAUUAAAAUACACUUCUUUAUCAGCAGUUUAAUAUUGUCUGUGGUUAUGAGGGCAUAUUACAAAGUUUAAUGCAUGUGUGGUGCCUGCAGCUCAUCUGUGAAUUCCUGGCUCUUAAAAAUGACAUCAGCUCGUGGAGGAAGAAGAAGAGCAUGGCUGGUAUGUCCAGGAAAUCAGGUAAGAAAUUAUCACAUUUAAGUAAGCUUUGUUUUGUAAGAGUAUUGGCUGGCCUUAGAGCAGAGUGUAACAUUUCACAGAUUUAUAAUAAUUGUUUUGUCAACCUGAUGUAGAAAAAAGGAAGAAUUCACUUACUCACUCUUCCUGAAUGUAAUUCUCUUUUUGGUGGUCUCUCUGUCCUGCUGUUCUCCUCCUCUCUGUCUCCAGUCCAGUGGCGUAGUCUGAGCACUCUGCUGAUUUUCCUCCAUCUGCUCGAGGAGACCAGUCUACUUGUGCUGCUUCCAGUUGGACUGGGAGCUUGUGUGGAGGUAAAUAGUGUUGUUACACAGAGAAUAUGAAACAAAGAUUAUAACAGUUAAGUUGAACUGACUGGUCAUUCAUCCUGUCAGGUCUGGAAGGUGUUCAAAGUCUUUAAAAUCCAGUUUCAAUGGAGGGGCUCCAAACUCCACGUGAGUAAGGGCAACAUUCAGCCUCAAAGUUGCUUUCAGGCAGAAACCUUGUAUCUCCAUGUAUUAUUAUUAUUAUUAUUAUUAUUAUUAUUAUUAUUAUUAUUAUUAUUAUUAUUAUUAUUAUUAUUAUUAUGUUUUUUUUGCAUUAAUCAAUGUUAUUAAUCAUCUUUAUACCUGUCAGCGAGCUUUCUAUCAUUUAACAGAUGAAAAAGGUGUUUAGAAGGCCUGUUGUUAGAGCUCAUGUUAAGUAUAGUGAUGUUUUACUGUGCAGGUGAAUAAACUGGAUGAAGAAGAAAGAAAGACAGUGGAGUAUGAUACACAGGUAUGAGUAUCUUUUUCUCUUUGUCAUUCUUUGCUUCUGGCCUUUUAAAAUGUAUAAUUUCAUUUAUUAUUUAUGUAAAUGUAAUAUUUCUCUGUGCAUGUCCUCUCUAGGCAUCCAGAUACUUGUCCUACUUGGUCUAUCCUCUGUGUAUCAGUGGAGCUAUUUUCUCUCUGGCCUACUUGCGCCAAAAGAAGUGAGCUGAUUAUUAUUAUUUUUCAUUUUCCACUUUGCCAUCCAGUAUAAAUGUUAUGCCUUAUAUUUAAGCCGUAUUGUAACAUUACAGGCUUCAUUGUUUCUUGAUUAAAAGUGAUACUUUUCUGGUUUUAUAACCUGCUCUUUUCUAUUAAUGUACACAAGGUUUCAGCAGCUUCUGCACAAACAUUACAGGCUCUGUCAUACACUCAGUGGCAGCUCUUGGUUAACAUGAAAUUUCAUUUGAUUUUACAGUUACUAUUCUUGGUUGAUCAACAGCCUGGUGACAGGUGAGCUGAUGUAUAACCUUCUGUUCAUGAAUGAUCCGUGUAAUUUAAAUAAUUCAGUUUAGCUGAUGUUUUGAGCAUUUUCCUGUCCUCCAUCAGGAGUAUAUGCCCUUGGCUUCUUGUCUAUGGCACCACAGCUUUUCAUCAACCACAAGGUCUGACUAUUACCUUCUCCUGUUACAACAGAACCCAUUUAAGUGUUAUUAUCCUGGAGUGUAACUGGAGUGUAAAUAACUAUAUCAACUCUUUUCUGCCACCUGUCUUUGUCUUACAUUUUCACUGAACGUUCUUCCUCUCAUCUCUCUGGAUCAGCUGAAGUCUGUAAACCACCUGCAGGGGACGGUGUUGAUGUACAGAGUGAGUGUUGCUAAUUCUUUGGAUAUUAUUUUAGGUGCAAUAAAAAGCUGCCUUAUUUCUGUUUUAUGAUGAAUUUUGUCAGAAAAUCGUUUAUUAUCUUGAAAGUUUUUGUUUGUUUUUCAGUGAAUUACGGCUCACUGUUAUCUCUCCUCCUUCUUCACCAGGGAGUUAACACACUGAUCUCAGAUCUGUGUUCCUGUGCCUCAUUUUUCUCCUCCUCUGGAUCUUUCUCCUCCUCUCAUCAACUAUCCUGCUUCAGAGAUGAGCUCUUCUUCUUCCUAUAUCUGUACCAGCGGAGGUAGGAACCCUCUCACACACUCGAUACAUGACACACAAAAUCUCUACAAAGAACAGUCCAGGCAUGACAAACUGCAAGACACAUGAAAUUAGACAAAGUGAAUCUGGGUAGUGGAUCUGUAUCCAGUAGAAUUGGUAGGAUUUAUGCAAAAGGAACUUGAUUAAUUUAGCUUUAAAUAUGUCUCUGUUGAUGUGCUUCAGUGUAACUCUUGACACUAGAGAUUUGAAAUAUGCAAAGUAAUUAAUUUCACCCCUUUUCUCUUCCAGGCGUUAUGCCUCCAAGACACGAAGGCGAGAAUCCGGGACCCACAACAAGAAAUUAAAGACUCAAUGAGGGGGAUGCAACUUUCAUUCCUCCUUUUUUUUUAAACACAUGCCCAAAACCACACACAGACUCAUCUUUGAACAACAAAAACAAUGUGUGAUUUAAAAGAUGUUGAAUGGGGACUCAGAUGGGAUUUACACAGCAGCUCUAAACGGAUCCAAAAUCAGCUCCUCUGUAUCGGAAUCUUUAUGGCGACACACUUGCUGCCUUUUGUCGGGCGUCAAGAAACUUUCAAAUUCACGGCUACAGUGAGUGAAAUCUCUAGAAACUCUGCUGCACACAAUAUGCUGGACUUCUUCAACAACAUCAAGUGACCAGAAGUAACCUGCAUUUGAUUUUGCUCUUUCUAUACACAAGAUCGAAGUGUUUCUGAAUUUACUGUAAAGCAAAUAUCCUGUAUGCUUCAUAAACAGACAUUAAAAGUGUCAGAAACUAAUUAAGAAGAUACAUGAAGUGCAUCAAAAUACCCCAUCAUUAGUACUCUGCAUUCCCUUUUUGAUUCAUCACUGCCUUUUUCAAACCUGUUCCUGACUUCAAUUAUUAAAACAUUUCCUGAGCUUUGGCUUUGCAUGGCUUUACAGAGGAAAUGUGUGAUGAUGGACAUGUAGGUGCAUCCUGCAUGUAUCAAACCAGCAACUAAAAGCACUUUUUUUUAUUCCUCAUCGGCUGUAAUCUGCCCAACUUGUCUGGACUAGUAGUUAUUCUCAUUUCCCUGAGAUAUCUUUAGCUACUAUCUUUUUUGUUCUCAGUGUUCCUCCAUGUACAGGCAUUUUAAGAUGACAAAUUUCCUCAGCGCAUGUGUUUGAGAUCUUUGCAAUGCAUUUCCAGCAAAGCUGCUUGAUUGAAAGAGGCUUUAAAGAUCAAUAAAAUUGUUACAGCCUCUUUUUUUUGCCUCUAAAAAUUGUUAGUAGAGUUUGGUUGAUGUGUUUUAUCUGAGAUGUGGUGACAGUGAUCUUACAGUGCCACACUAAUAAAACAUACCUUUACUCGGUGAUAGGACAAA